AUGUUGGAUGAAAAGAAGCAUUCAGUUUUCAAUAUUCUAGAUUCGAGAGAUACCGAAGAUUUGAUUGAAGAAUCCAAAGCGCUCAAGUCUCGGAUUUCAUUCCUGAAUGCUGAAAAUGAGUCGCUCAAGUCCAAAUGUCGUCAAUUGAAUGAUCAAUUGAGUAAAAAAGAUAAGGAAUUAGCCAGUCUGACAGACCCUGCAGAAAAUGCCAAACUGUUACAAAGCCUGGGUGACAAUCGAUUGCAGACAAUCCGAAUAUUUCGACAACUUCACCAGAAGCUCUUCAAACUGGAAGAUCAGUUGAAGGAAAAAGAUGCUCAGUACAAUCGAAUUGUGACCGAUCUGAAGUACACUCGAGUUGAGGAACUUCGUGUACAACUGGACACGGCAUUCGGCGAGAUUGAACGAUUGCAGAAAUUGGCCCAAAGUCAAUCGAUCGAACUGGACCACUGGCGAGGGGUUCAAAAAGUUCGAGCGAACAAGAAAAAGAACGAUCCGGAAUUCGUCGAACUGGUUCGACGGGUGAAAACGCUGGGUCAGGUGAUCAAGGGUAUGGACGAACAGAAGAAAGAAUUGAUUGCUCGAAAUGAUUAUCUGGUCAAUCGGAUGCACCAGAUUUUGGCCAACGAUCAAUCAUCGAUGAAAGAGAUUGAGAAAGGUCUUGCCGAGCUGAAUGUGCACGAAGACCGCGAUGAGGAAGUGGAUCAACACAAUGAACCAGGAUCCGUACUGAUGGCCAAAAUGGUCGAAAGCAAAUUGUCUGAAGGCAUUCGUUAUCAGCAACCCAUAGCCCGACCAAUCCCCGUGAGAAAUGAGUUUGCUGACGAAUUGGCCUCUGCACGCAGUCAAGCGAACUCUUUGGAGUUAAACAACCAGCAGCUACGAGACGAUGUUGCUUUCUACAAGAAACAGGCGGAAUUGACCAAAAGCCCCAAAAAGAGAAAUGAACCCAAUCCAGAACCAAUCCUAUCGAAAGAUGAACACUCGGCGAUUCUGAUUCAGCGUGCAUGGCGUGCACAUCGAGGUCGUGGNGGUUUGGAAUUACGCAAGAGACAGAAAGUGCAGAACAUGCAGAUGCGUGCUGAGGCACGUGAUAAAGAGGCUGCGACACAACUAAUCAAAUCCGCUAUACAAGGUCACCUCAGUCGAGAGAGCUCACUGCGUGUGGACAGGACCAAAGGGGAUGCGAGCGAGAUGGACGAAGUGGACACGGUCACAUUCGCUACGGACGACGGGGAAGAUGUGACGAGUGACCGUGUCGGAGAAACAGUAAUGUUUGUAGAAGAGAAAAAACAACGAAUGACCGAUUUGAAAAGUGCAAUCCGAGGUCAUUUGGAGCGGGAGAAAUCGUUAAAUUCACUUCACAUAUCAGAUAACGCAUGA